CUCAUCCAAUAGAUAAUUUUCAGUUAAAUUAAAGAAAUUAAACAAAUUAUGAAAUUAAUUUAUAUCAUUCCAAUACUAUGUUUAGUAUCUGUGGCAGCGGCUAAUAUUAGUGGGCCAUAUUUAUUUUGGGGUCAUGAAAAAGUCAUAACUCUACAGCCCCGUGCAUUGGUAGAAGCGACAGAAAAUGAUUUUUCCAAUUUAUUUCGUGACGUUAAAGCCAUAGUGAUAUUUGUACGUAACAAUACCAAACGUUUAGAUGGUCUACAAUAUCCGAAAUUUCAAAAGUUGGUAAAAGAUAACGCCUGGACCUAUUUGCCUCAGCAUUCAUUAACCGCCGAUCCCUUUAACUAUAAUGCCAAUAUAGAGGUUAUUAAUUUAAGUGGUUUAGCUGAAGAAAGUGAUUCUGAAAUUGUUGCUGGUUAUGCGGAUGCCUUGUCGAUUUAUGGCGAAGGUGAAGUUUUGGGCAUUCUAGCCAGUCGUGAGGAAGAAGCUCAUUUUAUAUCGAAACGUGAAGCUAAAGAGGGUGAAAUUGAGGAAGGUAGAAGUACUACUUCCUCACCCCCCAUCAAUGAAGAAACUGAGGAGAGUUUUAUUUAUGUAGCUGGUGGCAAAAAAGCUAUACUAUAUGUAAACUAUGCUCCCGAAUUGAAUCUAACAUCUAUGAACAUCAGUUUUGUUUUGAAAGAACACAAUAAGGAAAUCACCUUUGACGAUCAAAGUCCCAAGGGCUAUGGACGCUUGAAUAUUAUUUUUAAAGUGGGUGAAGAUAAACUAUUUAUGCGCUUUAAUUUCACUUUGAGUCGCGGUACUUGGUCCAUGAAGGCUGUUGAAAUUGAGUACAGCAGUUAUAAGAAUAUCUUAGCCGUUGUGGGCAAUAUGUAUGAUGUUCCCUCUGCACCUGUAGGCUUUUCGUAUCGUUGUUCAUCGCGUGACUUGUGGUUUAUAAAUGGCACAGAUAUUUUGAAGAUCAGUGAUUAUCAGGUACAACCUUGGCUAAAUGGUGCUUCUAAAUUCGGUGAUGUUUACGAUUGUGUCGGUUUCACCACCGCACCCAUAUGGGCUGGCGUUUUAGUCAGUCUUUUUCUCUGCGGCAUCCUGUCCAUUGGCAUUUUAGCUCUGAUGGAUAUAAAGACACCAAAUCGUUUUGAAAGUUCACGCAACAAACAAUUGACUACCAAAAUGUUUGUUCACAUGGUGGUGAGCUUCAUAAAACCUCUGUUACUGUUGGCUUUGGCCGUGCAAAUAUUUCUAAUACAAUCAUUAUUUAUUUGCAUUGUUUUAUACAUGUAUUUAUGUUUAUUUUAUUAAUUAAGUUACAUUAAAUUUAUUUACAAUACAUUGUUAAUGUAGUCCCAAAGAAAAAAACUAAAGAAAUCAAAUAAAAACCAAUCCAAAAUGUUGCUAAUUAUAAAUUGUAAAAUCCAAAACUAAAACUUAAACUAAAACAGCUACAUUUAGUUGUUAAUAUUAAAUCUUAAUCUUAUAGAUACAAUAAAAUUACAUACUCAAAGUUUAAAUCAACAACAACAAGAACCACAAUACAAUACUCGUACUUUAAACAGCUAAUCGUAUGAAAAACAAAACAAAAA